GGCAGAUACCACCAGCGCUACAUUCCUCCGGUCAGGACACAAACCCGCACACUUUUUCUGGAUACUUUUUUUUUUUUUUUUCACUUUUGGGGGGGGGAUUUUAAUGCCUGAGUUAAUAAUUUCUCUAGCACUACUCUCGGGUAGUUUGCAUAUCUUGUGGUGCUUUUGCGACGCGCGCCUGCGGUGCGGGGCUGCACAUAUCCGCAAGCUGUGUGUAGGUGCUCUCUCCCAGCCCCUCUCUGGAUGCAUCAGACUCCUCUGCCCCGGGGCCCUGGACCCGGUGUGUGACCCCGCCGCCCUCACCCCUUCCCCCCUCUCCUUCCUCUCCCUCGGCCCCCAGCUCCUUUCCACCUGUCUGCUUCGGCGCUCCUGCUCUGGGCCCCCUGCCUCUCGGCCGGCGUGCAGAGGCAGGGGGCCAUGGCGCCAUGGUAACCUCCGGUGGACACAACCCCCUCGCCAUGAGCAGCGGGACCCCUUCAGAGGGCAGGGUUCAGGGGUCGAACUUUACCCCACAUCACUACAAACCCUUCAGUUCGCAUGCACACUACCAGCAGGUGAUGCGUGCUCUGCGUAAGCUCCAGGAGAGUGGGUUCUACUGGGGGGCUGUUGGCGGACGAGAGGCCAGCUCCUUGCUACGCUCUGAGCCCCCGGGCACCUUUCUGAUCCGUGACUCCUCCGACCACCACCACUUCUUCACCCUCUCUGUCCAGACGACCCGCGGGACCAAGAACCUGCGCAUCCACAGCGAGGGAGGCGGCUUCUUCUUACAGCCGGACUCUCAAAGCACCCAAGAGCCCCCGCAGUUCGACUGUGUGCUGAAACUCAUAGCGCACUACAUGGGGAAGGGGCCCGACGCCACGAGGAGCAGAGAGGGAGCGUGUGGUGGUGGGGGGGACUCGGAGGCUGCAGACAUGAAAGGACGCAGCGUGUAUCUGAUCCACACAGGCGGAGAGAGGAUUCCCUUGGAGUUGCGUCGACCCCUCUCGAGCUCUCUCUCAUCCCUGCAGCACAUGUGCAGGAGGACCCUGAAUAACAGAGGAGGCCUGGGGGGGUCUGAGCGAGCCGAGCAGCUCCCGCACACACUCAGAGACUUCCUAGAGGAGUACGAUGCCCCCAUAUGACUGACAGGAACUGCAGAGGUUCCCCAACACAUGGACCAGACGCCUGGAGGAAGGCACAGACCAGUUCUGUGCAAAUCAGAUACUGACCUGAGUUAAGCCGCCAGAAAUCAGUGAGGUCUGAAAUCAGCUGUUCCCAGAUCUGUUUCAACACUGACAGCCAUCGUCUCCCUCUGACCCGAGGGUGAGGGGUGGGUGGGAUGGGAUGAGGAAGUGUGAUUUGGGUAACCACGGAUACCUCGUCCGUCCUUCCUUGCAAAAAAACAAAAAACAAACUGACCACUAACUAGUGUGAGUGGCAGAUGAAACCAGAGGUCAAAGGUCAAUGUUUUCUAUGACUGACUUAGACGCAGAGCAGAGCCUCGUAGAAGAUUAACCCGAUUGGUCGAUAUUAACGAUGAAUACACACCACCUGUGAUCCUGGUGGGGUUAAAAUGUGCUUAAGACGAAAACCUCUCCGCUCCUCCGACAUGCCUGACAUUUACAACACUUUGGAUCACUGGACACAGAGAAAAGACGACAAGAGAACAGGAAAGCUCAGAGAGGGUGAAAGAGAGAAAGAGAGAAAGAAAGAAAAGGGGGGCAGGGGCAAUAGAGGAAAGGCAAAGUCCACAAGAGGGGCAGAAAACGUACAGUGUUUGUGUGUGUCUGAGUGUGUGUGUGUGUGUGUGUGUUGUGGUGGUGGUGAUGCACACAUUUCCAUCGCUGCUUCCCGCAAAUGUUGCCUCAUAGAGGGGAGUGGGGUGGUCAUGCACGCUAUCUCCACUCACACACACGCACACACACACACACACACAGGUGCUGCAAAGCCCACAUGUAGGUUUUUGCUAGCGUGGGAACAAAAGAGAGGAGAGAGGAGGGAGAAAAAAAGCAUUACAAAGCAUCUUUUCCCCCCCUCCGCUGUUUGUGUCUCGGUUCUCCUUCAUUACCGAUUCCUUACCCUCCCUCCCUUCUUUCUUUUCUUUUCUUUUUUUUUGUGUGUGUGUGUGUGUGUGUUUCGGAGCUGCAUGUGCGCUUUGACAGUGACAGAAAACAGGCUGCUGUUGCUGAGACAAAAGCCUUGGCAAGGGACCAAACAAAACAGUAGAACUUAUUUUUAUCCAGACUGGCUGGAAAAAUGUCAGCGACACUGUAAAGCUCCUUUGGGGGAAUGAUGAUGAUGGUGAUGGUGAUGAUGAUGAUGAUGAUCCUAGAGAUUGGGGGCAGGGGGAGAGUGGGAAGAGGGAAUGAACGAAGGAGACAGAAGAGCGGGAAAUGGGAUUAGGAAAAAGGAAACUGAAUAGGACAGAGUGGUAAGGAGGAGGAGGAGGGGGGCUAGGGUAGAGGGGAAGGAGAAAGGGGAGGAGACAUACUGGUAUAGAGCUAAACAAAAACAUUGACGUGAUUGAUGCUUCAGACUUAAGAGGAAGUGAUAAAACUCAACAGGACACAACUCCUGUAAAUAUGAAGCCAGGUUUAUGCACAGACAAGCAGAGAAUCUCCAUGUGAAAAAGAAAAGUUUAGAGUCUUAAUUUAAAAGUGUGUUUUUUGACCCUCUUGUUUUAACCGUAUCAUCUCAAACUCAUUUCUUUUUGUGUAAUGCCUUUUCAAAAAACUUGCUCUCCCGACCCCUCUUUUAAUUUCAUCGCUCAUCGUAUGAUUCUGUGGAUGUCACAUACUGAAAAAAAAAUGUGUAUCCUCGCCCCCUUCUUACUUCCAUCGUUACCUCUGAAGCAGGAGUUUGAUUUUUUGUCUGUCUGAAUGUCAAAGGGAACACAAGUCUUCCCUAAAGUGAUUCUUUAAGAUGAAAAAAAAAAGAAGAAGCCUUUUGUAAAAACAAGACUUGGAUUUGAUCAAAAAAAAAAAGUCUUAACAGCGCUCCUCAUACUUACCUGUGAUCCAUAUUGGAGUGGUAGCCUUUCUCACAUCAAACAGUUUCUGUGAUCUUAAUGUGACCACUUGAGAAAAGAGUGCUGAAAUAUACCAUAAAUAAUUCAUGUUUUCCUUUUGUUUGGUUGGUGUUGUUUUUUUGGGGGUUUUUUUUUUUUGGUCAAAUCCCAGUCUUUAUUUUAUCACAUCAACACCAAGUUUGUACAUGUGUCUCAUCAGUGGAUCUCACGUGUAUGUGAAUCAUUUUUGUCUUUUAUAAAGACUCUUGCAAAAGGCUGGCCACUAGUCUGGCAAAAAUACAAGCUGUAAUAUCUGAAAUGACAAAGCAUUACAAAAAGAAAAAUAAAUGAAAAGGAACGUUGCACAUAUUUAUAUUUCUAAAAUAUUUCAAUAAUUUAUAUUAAAGAGCACUAUUUUUACAAA